AUGGCUAGUCACGUCGUAAGCGCCCGACUCCUCGGGGCGAGCGGUUCGCUGGAGCGAGCGCCGGUCUUGUGGCAAGAACUCGAGAAUCCUGAUGCGCUGCAGCUCAUCGCCGGUAAAGCUCCUCUUGAAACAGAAAUUUCUCACCAGUCGUUUGAGGAAGCUUAG